AUGGUGAAGCCAUGGCCGUUCAAAGGAUGGGCCAUGGAUUUGAUUGGGAAGGUGACACCCCCAGCUACAAAGGGGCAUUGCUUCAUAAUUAUGGCAACGGAUUAUUUCACCAAGUGGGCGGAGGCUGUGCCCAUACGAUCGAUCAGCCAGACCGAUGUCAUCCAGUUCCUAAAGACCCAAAUUAUCCAUAGGUUUGGGCUGCCCGAGACCAUCACCUGUGAUAAUGGUUCAGUAUUCACUGGAGACCAAGUCCUUGCGUUUGCUGCAAGCCAUGGGAUAACCAUAACCCAUUCCACUCCUUCCUAUGCCCAAGGGAAUGGCCAGGCUGAGGCAAGCAAUAAAAUACUAAAGAAUUGCCUAGCCAAAGUGGUGGAGGAAAAUCUAAGAAGAUGGGCAGAAUUGCUAUCUGAGGUUUUGUGGACGUUCAGGACGUCACAGCGGACAAGUACAGGGACGACGCCAUUCGCCCUGACAUAUGGAAACUAUGCAGUCUUGCCCAUGGAGAUAAGUGUUAGGUCUGCUAGAGUGGCAUACCAACAGGGGUUCACGUCAACCACAUAUAGUGAGGCCAUGUUGGCUGAACUUGAGGACUUGGAUGAGGAGCACCUUGUAGCCUUUGACCGAAUUUUGGUGCAAAAGGAGAAGGUGGCAGCCACCUACAAUAGGAAGGUGGUUGCCAAGAACUUCCAGGAGGGCGAGUUGGUGUUGAAGGCCAUCCUACCAGUUGGAAUUAAAGAUCCAGUCUAUGGUAAGUGGUCCCCCACUUGGGAAGGGUCAUUCAUAGUUCACCAGGUACUCAAAGGAGGGGCUUAUAGGCUAAAAGAGAUAGAAGGGGCUGUUCACUUAAAGCCCAUCAAUGGGAAAUUUCUCAAAAAGUUCCACCCCACUAUGUGGGGCUUGGGGUAA